UCAAAAUAUUUAAAUUUGAAAAAAAGUAAACAAUACAGUUACAAAAAGUCUGAGAAAAAGUUAUCUUUGCAAAAAAUACAGAAUGGAAAACAGUCCGUUGAGAAAAAAACCGAAGAUGGCAUCUUCAGCAGAAGAAGUCAAUAAUGAGCUUCGCAUUCUUAAUAACAUAUACCUAAACACUCCAAAUAUUAUAGAACAAUUACAUUCUAUUGAAUUCGAAGCCUGGAAAGAGUGUUUAGAACGUGUAGAAUUCAAACUUCCUGAAACAAGUAAUCUUGAAAUUCCUGAUGUGGACAAAGUAAUAAAAAAGUAUGAAACUGAUUUGAAAGAACUAAAUGGUAAAGUUAAAAACAUGUGUGAUCACAUACAAAUUUUAAAUAUUUUGAAGAAAAAACAGAAAUGCAAGAUAUCACAACUGGUGGAUGGAAUUUGAUGGUUUGCAAACUCAAUAUAUAUAUUGAAUAAUUUUUUCUAUAUUAAAGAAGUAGAAAUCUUGUUGUCUUAUUAUUUAAUCUACAUUAAUUAAUAGCUCUAUAAUAUCUUCAGUUCGUUGUAUAUAAUUGUCAAACAAUUCAGUCUUGGAAUUAAGCCCUAAAAAAGUGAUAUAGGUAUAGUUAGUAUAAAUGUAAUAUAAUUAUAUAAAUUAUCGAGUAAAUGUGUUGUAUAUUAAAUAUUGCAUAUAUAAUUCUUUAUGUUAUAAUUAAGGGAUCAGUAUUAGAUUUGUAGAAAACUUAAACUUACAGUAAAUAUAGGUACGAUUUCCAUUUCA